CAGUUCAAAAGAAAACAAAUGUUCGUGGUCAGGGUGGUUUAGUUUGAAACAGGUGGAACAAAUCUGCUGGAAAUUGUCAUCAUGAGAGGAGAGAGGGUUGUAUCAGUUAACCAUUUUCAUCUUUUGUAACACACGGGCUGAACAUGCUUCCCUUUUGAGUUUUUAUGACGGUGUGAUGAAACUGAAACAAAAGGAUUGGACCUCUGUCUCCAGCCUGAGACGAUUUGUUGGUCUGGUUCCUCGGAGGCGACACUCCCUGAAUGGGCUCCCGCUCUUGGAUGUGUAUAAUUAGCUGCCGUUGUGCCAUAGGGGACGUGUGGUUACUUGUUUUCUGCAGACUGGAGGCCAUAAAGCAAAGAAUGCUCAGAUUCUGUUGAAUAAACAGGAAAGUUUACAAAAAUAAAUCAAAGCUCAACAACAUUUCUGGCACACAGGCGUUUGAGUUCCAGUCCCAAAAAUGUUUCCCAAAAGCAUAGCUGUUCAGCACCUUACAUGCUGGACAGCUGCUCUGAUUUAUUUCUGUCUUAUUUCCUAAUUAUCACACGUUUCUACUCCAUUUCAUGUAAACAGGAAGUUGCUGUAUGCACUUUGGUAGCAGAGGCUCUAAAUGAUGGAGUGCCAAUCUUUGUGCAGUUGGUGUCUGAAAUAUGUGUGUUUUUAUUUAACUACAGUCCACACAUCACAUUCCAUGUCAAGGUUUUAUUGUGUGGUUUCUGAGGCAAAUACUUGGUAUAAAAGCUGAAUGGCUGCAGAGAGACAGCAGCUUCCGCACGGAUGUAGACUAAAACACGGAGGAUGGCUGCAGCUACAGAGACACGACACUCGUGCACCCGUUAAGGAAAACAACAGUCAGCUUGUUUUGUGUCUUCACUAAUGGAAAAAGACCCAAACCAGAAAAUGGACUUUAGGCUGGAGUUAAUGGUGCUGUUCGUUUUGCUGACAUCAGCCUCAUCAGUCGCUCAAAGCAACAACGACAAUAAUGAAGCUAUGGCAUAUCUAAGGACGUAUGGCUACUUGCACGUUCCACUGGACAGGGCAGAUCUCAAGCCUCCACCUGAGGAAGUAACAGAAGCUCUGAGGAUUUUUCAGAAAGUGGCAAAUAUUCAGAUAUCUGGGAACUUGGACUCAAGUACACUGAUGAUGAUGAGCAAACCUCGGUGUGGUCUCGAAGACUCGUUCAGGAACGAGUCUCUCAAAUAUCGAGUCAUGGGCUACUGGCGUAAGAAGAUGUUGACGUACCGCAUUUACAAUUACACCCCCGACCUGGGUCAGGGCAAAACCCGUCAGGCCAUCCAGAGUGCCUUCAAGUACUGGAGCGAUGUGUCACCGUUAAGGUUCAGGGAGCUGUUCCAGGGCAGAGCAGAUAUCAAAAUCUCCUUCCACAGAAGAGACAACUCCUGCCCGGUGCCCUUUGAUGGACGAGGCCACGUUUUAGCCCAUGCGGAUGCCCCAGAUUCUGGCAUUGUGCAUUUUGAUGAAGAUGAAGUGUGGACAGAGGGAAAGAGCUCUGGGUCCAAUCUGAGGAUUGUUGCAGCUCAUGAGAUCGGCCACGCUCUUGGCCUGGGACACUCCCAGUACUACAAUGCACUGAUGGGACCCAUUUAUGCCGGAUACCGGUCUGACUUCAAGCUGCAUCAAGACGACAUCCAGGGGAUCCAGGCUCUGUACGGAAAACCUGCGACGAGUCCUCCAUCCAGGACUCCACAGCCAGCUCCACGAGCACCCAUCCCAGAUCCAUGCAAGGCCUCUCUGAAUGCAGUCAUGCUGGGUCCUUCACAUAAGACAUACAUGUUCAGUGGACAGCAUGUGUGGAUGAUGUCCAGCUCUGGACACACCACUCCCACUGGGAUUUCUACACUGUGGAGGGAGCUUCCAGGAAACCUGGAUGCAGCUGUUCACUCCCAGCGGACAAGCAAGUCCUAUUUCCUGAAAGGAGACAAAGUGUGGAGAUACUCCGGCUUCCAGCUGGACAGAGGCUUCCCCAAACGUCUGACCAGCAUCCCUGCCAACAUCGACUCUGCUUUUUACUUUGCUAAAAUCAAAAGACUAAUCUUUUUCAAAGGCUCCAAAUACUGGCUUUGGGAUGAGAUUGGCCCCACAGACCUCAGAUCAUACCCCAGAUUCAUCGGGCAGCUCUUCAAGGGAAUACCCAGCAACACGGAGGCUGCUGUGACGUGGACCGAUGGCCAUGUCUAUGUGUUUAAAGGCAGCCAGCACUGGCGCGUGAACCAGCAGCACCAAAAGGUGGAGAAGGGCUAUCCUCUGGACACUGUCUCACACUGGCUGCAGUGUGAUGACUGAGCCACCAGAGGACAGCAGACAUUUAACACAAACCUGAUCCAUGAUGUGGGUGUGAACAUGAGGAGAACAUCUGCGUGUGUUUCCUGCUGUCAUAAAUCUGAGAACAUAUAAAAUGUGUGUGUGUUUUACCUUUAGUGUUGUACUGGGCUUUUACUCCUCCUUUAACAUUUACAACAAUACUGAGACUGAGAGAGAGAAAGUUUCAUUAAUGCACCAACAGCUGCUCUUUACCAUUUAGAUCAAACAGAUUCCAGUUAUUAAUUAUUAUUUCUGAUUAUUAUCGGUCACUCUUUUCCAUGUAGGCUAAAAAUUGUCAUCUACACAUAUCUCCUGCAUUAGCUUCUGAUAGAAAAUAGAUGCUAGUAGAAGUUAACUGUUAGCAUUAGCAACUCCACCACACAGCAGAACUCCUCCAGGCUUGUGUUAUUUGUUGCAGAGCAAACGGCGUCAGUGGUAGAGUCAUGUUGCUAGUAUCCAAUCAGAGACAAGAAAUCAGGAAAUAAGGCUCCAAAUCCUGCCAUCUCCUCCAGUUGACUUUUAUGUCAUCAAACUGGCGCACCAGAGCUUUAUUUCCCCAAAGUCCGACUUACAAGGCAUUCAUUUCUACUACUGUAAAUGUAAUAAAAACAUGAUACAGCUGACUUUUAAACAUUUAUUUUGAGUUAUCUGUAACCACCAUGUUACCCUGCGUUAAAGUGUGCAUAUUUAUUACAUGUGGAUGGUGUAAAUUGUAAAGAAUGGGUCGUUUACAUUUUACAUUUGAACCAUAAAAUGUGAGAUUCCAUAGAAAUAUGAAAUAUCAAUCUGAUGGAUCUUUGACUAUUUUAACCAGAAGAUCAGAACUUUUUAUUGCAGGGAUUGCUUGACACUUCUCAUUCAUCACGUCUCACUCCACCUUAGU